UGCCGAAGUAGAUGAUAUGGCUAUCGAAAGGAUAUAUGAAAAGACUGAAAGACCUGGAAUAGUUAUUGAUUUUGUAAAUCUUUAUACAACAGAGAAAGUCAUUAUAAAGAUAUCGAAAUUGACACCCGAAAGAAUGAUUCCAGUAUUAGAACAUGAAUCUAAAACAAAGGAAAGAGUAAUAGUAUUAGAG